AUGAAGGUCCUCAUCCUUUCCUGCCUUGUGGCUCUUGCCCUUGCAAAGCAGAAUGAAGAAAUUGUAUUCAGUGAGAAUGUGGAAAAGCUUUCAAGCCCUGAGGAAACCAUUAUGAAAACCAUCAAGGAAAAAAUUGAGAAGCUUAAAUUUGAGGAACAACAGCCCAAAGAGGAUGAAGACCAGAAUAAAAUGCACCCCGUGUUCCAGCAACUCUCUCAAUUCUACUCUAAUGCUAUGCCCUUUCCUUACACUGCCUUUCCACAGAACUUCCUUCCUCUUGCUCAACAUGCUGUCGUGCCUUCUUCCUUCCAGCCAGAAACAGUGGAAAACAUCAAAGCUAAGGAGACCUUCUCUUCUAACUGCAAAGCGAUGCCUUUCCCCAAAUCUCCCAUUGCACCCUCUUUUGAACACCAGUUCCUGAACUUCACUGACCUCGAGAGCCUGCAUUUUGCUCUCCCUCUGUUCCAGUCUCUGAUGCAGCAGUUCACUCAGCCUAUUCCUCAGAUUCCCAUGUUCCCUCCUCAGUCUUGGCUGACCAUUCCUCAACCCAAAUUCUUGCUUGCUCCUCAGCAAGAGAUGCCCUACACCCACACAUAUAUGCCCUUCCAGACCUUUCCCCUGACCCAGGAACCUCUUUUCUAUCGUGCUCACAAAAUGUUCUAUCUGUGA